AUGUUCAACCUAGCAGAUUUAUUGAGCGAGGGAGGGGACGGGGUGGCACAAAAUUCAGCGCGGGCUGUGGAGCUGUACGAGGAUGCAAUUAAGGAGCACGACGAUGUCGACGCCAUGGUGAAUCUCGGUUGCUUGCUGCGGACGGGCGCAGAGGGAGUGGAGAGAAAUGUGAGUCGAGCUGUCGAGUUGUACGAACGUGCGAUCGAGAAAUCUCAUGAUUGCUACGCGAUGUCCAACCUAGCAGGUUUGUUGCGCGACGGGGGGGACGGGGUGGCACAGAAUUCAGCACGGGCUGUGGAGCUGUACGAGGACGCGAUUAAGGAGCACGAUCAUGUUAAGGCGAUGGUGGGUCUUGGAGUCCUGCUGGAGAGGGGUGCAGAGGGGGUGGAGAGAAAUGUGAGUCGGGCCGUCGAGUUGUACGAGCGCGCGAUCGACAGAAGUGGUGAUGUCAGUGCCAUUUACUAUCUCGGACUCCUGCUGGACGAUGGGGCGGAGGGAGUGGAGAGAAACGUGGUUCGGGCCAUCGGAUUGUUCGAGCGCGCGAUCCAGGAAGGGCAUCAUGGCGGCGCUAUGUGCAAACUCGCAUUCGUGAUGAUGAAUGGAAGGGAGGGUGUUCUGCUUGAUGAAGUCCGAGCUGCGAAACUCUUUGAGCGCGCGAUCCUGGAGCACGGUGAUGUGCACGCGAUGACAGGGCUGGGCCUGCUAUUAUCCCUUGGCGCGGCGGGAGUGGAGAAGAAUGUGAUUCGCGCAAUAGAAUUGUACGAACGCGCGAUCGACGAGGCCCAGGAUGCCCUUGCUAUGGUCGGACUGGCGCUCCUACUGCGGGACGACAGACACGGGGUGCCGAAUGCAGCGCGAGCUGUAAAGCUACUUGAGCGCGCGGUUGAAGAGCACGACUACGUCCAGGCCAUGGUGCAUCUCGGCAACAUGCUAGUACAAGGCACGGGGGGAGUGCGGACGAACGCGGCUCGUGCGGCGCGAUUGUACGAGCGUGCGAUCGAGAAGCGCCAUGACCGCGACGCUAUGCUUAAACUGGCUUGCCUGCUGCGGGACGGAGCAGACGGGGUUGCGAGGGAUGCAGCGCGAGCAACGAGGCUGUUCCAAGCCGGGAUGAACGGGCGCGACGGAGGCGGAGCGGUGGAGAUUCUCGAGGGACUGGUGCAGGACGCAACCGAGCGGCGCUGAGUCCAGGACGGGGCAGACGGGGCCGGUGCAUGGCAUCCAACAAUCUGAAAGGGGAGGAGGCGGUGGACGACUGCGCGGGUGACUUGUUGGCCGACGUUGCGGGGAUCGGCGACGUGGGCACGCCUUUAAGGAGGGAGGGGAUGGCAUCCUUGGUGUCACGCAGACGGCUGCACAAGCGUUCCGUUUCGGUAUGUAGAAAAUCUCGUUGAUCGCUAUCAUGCCCUCCAGAGUAAUGCCCUCAAGAGUAAUGGCUUUGGCAAUGGUGCCGUGGGGAGGUACGAUGAGCGGCGACGCUGAAGAGGAAUGCAAGGCUUGGACAUGAAGACAUGGGACUGCUAGUGCAAUGUACUCUUGUCACAGCUGCGCCCCACUCGACAGCGUCCUGGCCUCAGGGGUUGUCUGGGUCUUGGAGCAAGGCGGGAUGACGGCGGAGAGACGAGCGGAGAGACGAGCGGAGAGACGAGCAACGUCUGGGAUCAGGGGAUGCUGCAGCCUCUGCGCCACGUAUCCAAGUGUACACGUAGCAUUGGCCCCUGUUGAAUUCCACUGAAAUCUGUCUGCUGUAAUGCGGCGGUUGGCUGAAACAGAUCUUCGGGAAAUGACAGUAGAAUGCGCACCAACUUAGAUUUAAUUGAUAAUUACUAAAACGUCAAGCGAAGGAUUACGGAGGUGA